AUGCAGUUGCCUGUGACAGCUCCUGUUGAGUAAACUGAGACGGAAACAUCUUGUGUCGGCUGUUGUACCUGUACCUGCCACGAUGAGAAGUUGCAUAAGGCACAGAGAAGUUCUCCAGCUUUAUAAGGAGAAAAAAAAAAUGUGUUUCCCCCCCUGAAUUGGGCCAGACAAAAUUAUAACACAAGGUUUUAAAUCCCUUCCCUCCUCUGCUGCUUGAUUCAAUCCUUCUGGAUCCCUGUCUGUUUCUGAACUCUUCUUGUAACCUUUGUAAGCAGCCAAAAUGAAAUUGAAGCAUAACAUCAACCCUGUUCUUCUGCAGUUUAUAAACUUUAUAAUCUUUGUGUACUCCUUUGUAACAUACAUUCCGUGGUACAUACUUUCAGGAUCAAGGCAGGCUAUAGCAAAAGCCAAGCAGGUUAAAGCUAAACCUGUGAAUAACAAGCCUGGGGGUGCGUACAGGUCUGUUAACAGUCUACAUUGCUUAGCUUCAGUUUUAUAUCCUGGGUGUGAUACACUCGACAAAGUUUUUAAAUAUGCUAAAACUAAAUUUAAGGACAAAAAACUCUUGGGAACACGUGAAAUCCUAAAAGAGGAAGAUGAAAUCCAGCCAUCAGGAAAAGUUUUUAAAAAGGUCAUCCUUGGCAAGUACACCUGGCUUUCAUAUGAAGAUGUAUACAUUAAAGCUGUUAAUUUUGGAAACGGCUUAGCAGUAUUGGGUCAGCAACCAAAGACUAACAUUGCUAUCUUUUGUGAGACUAGAGCCGAGUGGAUGAUUGCAGCGCAGGCCUGCUUUAUGUGCAACUACCAGCUUGUUACUCUGUAUGCUACUCUGGGAGGCCCAGCAAUAGUACAUGGGCUAAAUGAGACGGAGGUGACCACCAUCAUUACUAGUAAAGAACUGAUGCAAACAAAAUUGAAGGAAAUUGUUUCUCAAGUUCCACUACUGCGACAUAUUAUUACAGUGGAUGGCAAACCAACAACGUGGUCGGAGUUUCCCAAGGGUGUCAUUGUUCACACUAUGGCUUCUGUGCAAGCUAUGGGGGCCAAGGCAGAUACUGGAAACAAACAGCAGGCCAGGCCUGUGCCCUCAGAUAUCGCGGUGAUCAUGUACACAAGUGGAUCCACAGGAGUUCCCAAAGGAGUUAUGAUCUCUCAUUGCAACAUAAUUGCUGGGAUAACUGGAAUGGCUGAGAGGAUUCCAAAUCUGGGGGAAAAAGACAUCUAUAUUGGCUAUCUGCCUCUUGCCCAUGUUCUGGAGUUGAGUGCUGAACUUGUGUGUCUGUCUCAUGGAUGCCGCAUCGGUUACUCUUCGCCUCAGACAUUAGCUGACCAGUCCUCUAAAAUAAAGAAAGGAAGCAAAGGUGAUGUUACUACACUUAAGCCAACCCUAAUGGCAGCUGUCCCGGAAAUUAUGGAUCGGAUCUACAAAAAUGUCAUGAAUAAAGUGAAUGAAAUGACUAGUUUCCAGAGGAAUCUAUUUAUAUUGGCCUACAACUACAAAAUGGAACAGAUUUCCAAAGGUUACACUACCCCGCUCUGCGACAGCCUUAUUUUUCGGAAAGUACGAAUGCUGCUAGGUGGAAAAAUUCGCAUCCUGCUUUGUGGAGGAGCUCCGCUCUCUGCAGCAACUCAGCGCUUCAUGAACAUUUGUUUCUGUUGCCCUGUAGGACAGGGAUAUGGACUAACUGAAUCAGCUGGAGCUGGAACAAUCACGGAAGUUUGGGACUACACUACCGGGAGAGUGGGAGCACCUUUGGUCUGUUGUGAAAUCAAGUUAAUGAACUGGGAAGAAGGUGGAUAUUACAACACUGAUAAACCGUAUCCUAGAGGUGAGAUUCUUAUUGGAGGGCAAAAUGUGACUGUGGGCUACUACAAAAAUGAAGUACGAACCAAAAAAGAUUUCACUGUUGAUGAGAAUGGGCAGAGGUGGCUCCAUACCGGAGACAUUGGAGAGUUUCAUCAAGAUGGAUGUCUAAAAAUUAUUGAUCGUAAAAAAGAUCUCGUAAAACUCCAGGCAGGAGAAUAUGUUUCUCUUGGCAAAGUAGAAGCAGCUCUAAAGAAUCUUCCACUGGUAGAUAAUAUUUGUGUGUAUGCCAGCAGUUUCCAUUCUUAUGUCAUUGGAUUUGUUGUGCCAAAUCAAAAGGAGCUUGCAGAACUAGCUCGAAAGAAAGGAUUUAAAGGAACCUGGGAAGAGAUCUGUAACAGUCCUGAGAUGGAAAAAGAGGUACUGAAGGUGCUAGCUGAGGCUGCCAUGGCAGCUAAUCUGGAGAAGUUUGAAAUACCAUUAAAAAUUCGUUUGAGCCCUGAUCCUUGGACCCCUGAGACUGGUCUAGUGACAGAUGCGUUCAAACUAAAACGCAAAGAGCUUACUGCAUAUUAUCAAAUGGACAUUGAUAGAAUGUAUGGAAAAAAUGUAAAAUAAUUCUAUUUUCUGCACCACUUUGCUACAAUGAGCUUGGAUCAAAUAGGAAAUACUUGAAUUGCCUGUCUCAACACUUGAGAUCAACACACAAAACCACCAUUCCUCAUCUGUAGCUUAAACUGUUAUUUCUGAUAACAUCACCAUGAUGACUGGCAAGUUUAGUAAAAUGUUAUGGCAGCAAACGUGUGUCUGUCUCCUUUUUUCCAGUUUUCUCUGCUACCUUGUCAGUCUGUGGAUUUUCCCCAAGUCUUUUUGGGAAGCCAUGAUUCUGAAGCCUCAAGUUUUUAAACAUUUAUAAAUCCUGUAUAAUGUUUUAUUUGUAUCUUUAAAAUUUGGAUGUAUAUAGCGAGAACUUGGCUAUAUAAGAAAUGGUUAUAUUGGGGGCCUUUUUUUACCUAAUUAUUUAAAGAUAAGAAGGUAUUGAUGUUGUGACAUUAUGUACGUUGAAAAUGCUUGUAACGAGAUCAUUGUUGAAUAGAGGACCGGGUUACUUGCUGCUGUGCUAUUUUUCUGUGUAAAUCCGAGGGAGAAAAUGUUUGACAUUCCAGCUAGUGUAAUACACCUUCAAUAUGUGCCUAAUGGUUACUUUUAUUUUUAUCUGAAAAUGAAAAAUGGUCAUGGCACAGCUCUGCCUAAAGGGAGGUAUUCUUUCAGGUGUUAGUUAAAGCUUGUUUCAUCCAAAAGAUGCUAUUAACACAGCAGAAGUUAAACCUAAGAGUAAGCUCUCAAAUGCAGAAACACCUUUUUUUAAAUAGCUCAUGACCAUUUCAUCCAGUAGUGGAACUGUGUAGAGCUAAUAAGAACUCUCAGCAUUAAUUUCACCUAAUGCUUUGUAAGUUUGCCAGUGUCCUUUUAGCAGAGGGACUGUAACAACUUUUCUCUUGUUAGGUUUGGACAUGACACUGGGUUUGCUGUUCUGUUGUUUGUGAAAGUGUGUGGCAAGACCCCUGCCCUGCCCUAGCUGCAGCCCAAAUCUUACUGGGGGGAUUUUUAAAGUCAUAAUGACAGUUAUGUUCUCAGCUCACACAGUGCCUAGCUGCCCUUUGUGCCAUUAAAAAUCUCCCUCUAAUUCCGUGUUCUUUAGUUACCUUUUU